GCUGGUGUUCAUCCUCAGUAUUGCCUCUCUGAUCAUCUACUUCAUUGAUGCAUCAAAGGACGGCGUGGAGCACUGCCAGCCCUGGAGCGCCAACACAACACAACAAAUAGACUUAGCCUUUAAUAUAUUUUUUAUGGUCUACUUUUUUAUACGUUUUAUAGCGGCAAGUGAUAAGCUGUGGUUCAUGCUGGAGAUGUACUCCUUUGUAGACUACUUCACCAUCCCCCCAUCAUUUGUCAGUAUAUAUCUGGACAGAACAUGGAUAGGGCUGCGUUUCCUCCGAGCCCUCCGCCUCAUGUCAGUGCCAGAUAUUCUGCAGUACCUGAAUGUCCUCAAGACAUCAUCCAGCAUCAGGCUGGCACAACUCUGCUCUAUAUUCAUUGCUGUGUGGCUCACAGGAGCGGGCAUCAUUCAUCUGCUGGAGAACUCUGGUGAUCCUCUCACGUUUGAAAAUGCACACCCGCUAUCAUACUGGACAUGUGUGUACUUCCUCAUUGUCACCAUGUCAACAGUGGGCUAUGGUGACGUCUACUGUCAAACUAUCUUUGGAAGAACAUUUCUCGUCUUCUUUCUUCUCGUCGGUCUGGCAAUAUUCGCAAGCUGUAUCCCUGAAAUUAUAGACCUGGUUGGGACUAGAUCCAAGUACGGCGGAACACUCAAGAACGAGAGGGGAAGAAGACACAUCGUGGUAUGUGGCCAUAUCACUUAUGAGUCGGUCAGCCAUUUCCUGAAAGACUUUUUGCAUGAAGAUCGUGAAGACGUGGACGUGGAAGUUGUGUUCUUGCACAGAAAGCCGCCGGAUCUGGAGCUAGAAGGGUUAUUUAAACGACACUUCACUACUGUAGAGUUCUUCCAAGGAUCCAUAAUGAGUCCCAUAGACCUGCAGCGUGUCAAGGUCCAUGAAGCUGAUGCGUGCCUUGUCCUGGCCAAUAAGUACUGCCAGGACCCUGAUGCCGAGGAUGCGGCAAACAUCAUGCGUGUCAUUUCCAUCAAGAAUUACUCAGAUGACAUUAGAGUAAUCAUUCAGCUCAUGCAAUAUCACAAUAAGGCUUACCUGCUAAACAUUCCCUCAUGGGACUGGAAGCGAGGGGAUGAUGUGAUCUGUUUAGCUGAGCUCAAGCUUGGCUUCAUCGCACAGUCAUGUCUGGCGCCAGGCUUCUCCACCAUGAUGGCGAACCUCUUUGCCAUGAGGUCUUAUAAAACUUCUCCAGACACGCAGGCAUGGCAGAACGACUACCUCUGCGGAACUGGGUGUGAAAUGUACACAGAAACCCUCUCGCCAAGUUUUGUCAGCAUGACAUUUCCUCAGGCAUCAGAACUUUGUUUCUCAAAACUCAAGUUAUUACUGCUUGCUAUUGAAGUGAAAAAUGAAGAGGGUACAGACAGUAAGAUUGCCAUUAACCCAAAGGCAACCAAAAUCCAGCCCAAUACUCAAGGUUUCUUCAUUGCUCAGUCUGCUGAUGAAGUCAAAAGGGCAUGGUACUACUGCAAAGCGUGCCAUGAAGACAUUAGGGACGAGACUCUCAUCAAGAAGUGCAAAUGUAAAAACUACAUCGGAAAUUUGCUUCAAGCAAGCGGUUUCAUGAAGAGCUUUAUGCCCCUCGUGGUGGAAAGCGGGCCGGGGAGCGAGGGUGGAGAAGUUACCUAUAUACCAAAUAAGUCAGAUAUUGAAACAGAACUCUACCAAGUUACUUACACCCCUCCCGAACUUCCAAAGCGUCUUCUUAACAACUCCAGAGGCGACAAGAUCCCGGUUCGAGAUGGAAUUGCAAACCAGAACAGCAGUGGACAGCCUCUGGUCAAUGCUGCCGCCAAGACAUUAGCAGCAGCCAAGAAGAAUGGAGGUCGGGCACCAGACGCCCUUACCUCCCCAAGCCAGGGCUACAACCGGUCAGUCCCUCAGCAGGACAGGGUGACAGAGGACAACACGUACAGCUAUCACCUCAGCUACGAGGUCAAGAAACUCAUGCCCACCAGCCGCAGCAGUGGUGGUGGAAAUGGCGGCACUGGCAAUGGUUUGACUGUUGGAAUAGCUGAUGAUCAAGCUAAGGAUUUCGACUUUGAGAAGACUGAAAUGAAAUACGACUCCACAGGGAUGUUCCAUUGGUGUCCAGCAAGAUUGCUGGAAGAUUGCAUAUUGGACCGUAACCAAGCGGCCAUGACAGUGCUAAAUGGCCACGUGGUUGUCUGCCUUUUUGCAGACCCUGACUCACCAUUGAUUGGUCUUAGAAACUUAGUUAUGCCCCUUCGAGCCUCCAAUUUCCACUACCAUGAGCUCAAACAUGUGGUCAUUGUUGGUUCUGUAGACUAUAUCAGAAGAGAAUGGAAGAUGCUUCAGAACCUACCAAAAAUAUCAGUUCUGAAUGGGUCACCACUUAGCCGAGCAGAUUUAAGAGCAGUGAAUGUCAAUCUAUGUGAUAUGUGUGUCAUCUUGAGUGCAAAGGUCCCUAGUAAUGAUGAUCCAACAUUAGCGGAUAAGGAAGCCAUCCUUGCUUCACUCAACAUCAAGGCCAUGACCUUCGAUGACACCAUUGGCGUGCUUAACCAGAACCCCAGUACUGGAGGAGACACACUGAGUCCACUGGGCUCUCCCAUAGUGCUGCAGCGGCGGGGUUCUGUCUAUGGUGCCAAUGUCCCAAUGAUUACAGAACUUAUAAAUGACAGUAAUGUUCAGUUUCUUGAUCAAGAUGAUGAUGAUGAUCCUGACACUGAACUUUAUUUAACACAACCAUUUGCUUGCGGCACAGCUUUUGCAGUCUCUGUCCUCGACUCUCUCAUGUCUACAACAUACUUCAACCAAAAUGCUCUCACCUUAAUCCGGUCCCUAAUCACUGGUGGUGCCACGCCUGAGCUGGAGCUGAUCCUGGCUGAGGGUGCUGGGCUCAGGGGAGGCUACAGCACUCCUGAGACUUUGGCUAACCGGGAUCGCUGUCAAGUGGGCCAAAUCUCCCUGUACGAUGGCCCACUGGGUCAGUUUGGUGAAGGUGGCAAGUAUGGAGACCUCUUCUGCGCAGCUCUGCGGAACUAUGGCAUGCUUUGUAUCGGUCUGUACAGAACACUCCGUAUGGUUCCUCAAUCUGCCGUUGGUUUGGACUGCAGAUUCCGCGACACAUCAAGUUCGUGUGACGCGUCGUCCAAGCGGUAUGUGAUAACCAACCCACCAGAUGACUUCACGUUGCUGCCCACCGACCAGGUGUUUGUCCUCAUGCAGUUCGACCCUGGCCUGGAGUACAAGCCUAACCGAGGAGACAUGUCCAAAGAAGACAACUCCUGACUCCUCCUCUGUAGCGCCCUCACUGACGGACCCUACUCCUACAUCUAAAAGAGUCCAGCGCUGCACCAACACCACACCAACACCACAACACACCACCCGCUCAUCAGCUGCUGCUGCCAGCCGCCCAGUGCCCAUGAAGCACAACAGCGUAUGGCAGCUGCCCCGUGCUGUGUUUCAGCCGUCCUCCCCCACUACAUUUUCCCUCACUCAAUCUCCUCUUGGUACAUAUUCACAUCCCUUGUAGUCACCUCAGCCUCCUAUAGUGGAUUUUUGGUCUGUUGUGUUCCAGAUGGUCCCAGCACAAGAAGAGGUGUCAUCCACCUCACUACACAAGCAGUGGCCCAUGUGUGCUUCAUCACUCAUUAGUUCAUGUGUGUUCAUACUGUUUUGUGUACAUUCAUUUCAUCCAUAGGAAUGAAAUAAUGACAAUUCCUCAUGUGGUCUCUAACAUCUCUGAAAUGUAAAUACAGUAUUGAUGCUUGAAUGAGUAUCCAGUGUGUUAUUCUCUACUUUUGUGUGGGAUCGCGGACUUUUGACAUAGGGAAGUUCACAGUUGUAAUAGGAUGUUCCAACUAUGCAAAGUUGCUACCUUGACUCACUCGCUAGUGUCCCAGGUGGUUUGGGUGUAGCUCCAUUGUCAACCCUGAGUUUAGUUACCCGUUGUAAGUCAGCCUGCACAUGCCCGGCUCACAGACACAUCGGCCCAGCAGCCGUACAAGUCACACCUGCAGCAAGUGCUCUCGUAUUCAGGGUCCUUCAAACUCUCCUAGACACAUGGCAGAGACCAGCCAGAAUAACAGGCCCAGUUUCAGAGGUGUCCAAACUGUCCUUCCUGAAAGUUUAUCACUGUAUUCCUGGUCAUCUGACAUGAAAGGUCUAGGUCUGUUUGAGAGUGGGGAUGCUACAUUAGAAGAAAAAUGUAAGAUUUUAUUGAUGUAUUUUCUUCUGUAUUCUGUGCAUAACUUAGGUAGUUUUGACUAUAUUGACUGAUUUUGUAACUAUAAAUUUAACUAUCCUCUAUUUAGGUUCUUACUAUGUAUAGAUUUCUUUUAUUAGGGAUAUGGUGUACUAUAUAUAUUUUGUUUAUCUAUUCGUAAUACCUCUUCUUCCUCAGUUUAAAAUGGCCUUCCAAAAUUCUUGCACAGAGGACAAAUAAUUUCCACAAGCACUGUAUAGCCAGGGAUAGUUGUUCAGUAUGAUGUAGGCUCAGAAAUGUAUUUAUCUGCAAAUUGUUUAGAGAAGAGUUUGAAAAAUGUUACAUGUUAUAGUUUUUUACUUAGUUGUGUAUUAUUGACAAAGUUUAUCAUAUAAAACAUUGCUGUGAAUAAAGACUGCAAGUUUCAAGUUGUCAAAAGAUGUAAGGAAAUGCAUUUCACAAAUCAAAAUUUAUAUUGGUGCCAUGUCCAUGGAGCACCAGGACACUGGACUCCAAAGGUCCAGUGUGGUCACUUGUGACCCAUACUGCCACUCUCAUCUUGCAGUAUCAGUUGAGGUGGACAGUCAAUGUUCGUACUGCUUCUUUCACCACUUUUUUCAUUUACUGUUUCAUUAGCUCAUCCUAAUACAAACUGCUCUCGGUCACAAGGGGACAUAUUCAGUGGAGUCCCACGGGUGGAUGCUAUAUCAUGUUGUCUUUGUGUUGACUUCUUUGUCCACUAAUGCUCCAGGGUGUGAGAAUUUAUCUUGGGGUCUAGUCCACUGUGGUCCACUAGUAGGUGGCCAUCUGAAGUGUGGUGGCUGUGUUUACUGGUGGCCCACCUCAGCCUGGGCUUGGGGGUUGUGCUCCCAUUAUGCUGAGUCAUAUUGACCCCUGUGAUCAUAUCCUAGUUUGUAUGGUAUGCCAUUCCAUAAUUCUGAUGUUAACAAUAUCCUGUUUUGAUCCACAGUGUGCAAUGAUAUAUUGUCCUCGUUCCUACUUACAGUAACUCUAGGAACUUGGCUCAUAAUGACCCUUUUUGUCAGUGGUAAAGAUCACAAGAUCAAUGCUUGAGUGUCAAUAUUCACCAGAGUGUUCUUCAUAUCUACUCAUGCAUAUUCUCUCAACUCCUAUGAAGAUGUGUGCUGCACUGAAUCAUCUGUGAAAUAAGGACGGUUGCUAAGCUGAAGUUGGAGGCUUACCCUCCUCACCUGCUGCUGGGGAGAAAUUAGCGCAUGAGCUAUCCAGGACUCAGAAAGCGCAUCUCUCUGGUUGCACUGUGUUGUUAUUGCCUUACAAAUGCCAAGAGCUUAAUGAGUUUUUAUUUCUCUUCAAUCAUGACUUCUCUUUUCUUAUAAGAAAGGCCAGUAGAAGGUGCAUGGGUUUGUCAGCCAACUGGUGAGAAAAUAUGAAAUGGUGAUCAAAAAAGUGCAAUUUAAAAGUUAUUCAUUGAAGAAAUAAAAUACCUCUGAAAUUAAUACUUCACUUUAACGGUGCUUAAAUUGAAACAACUAAGAAGUGACUUGGAAUGAACACAUAAUAACUCAGAAAUCAGAUGUAAUAUCGGUGAGACAAGACUGCUAGGCCACUGCUGUCCCCUGGUCACCAGCCAACUGACUGCACUUCACCCUAGCAUCCUGCCUGCCUCACACCUUCCAGGCCGUAUGGGGGCAGGGUCAGAGAGUGGUGGAGGGAUGUCUUUCUCUCAAGUGAGCAUUGCCCAAGAGCCCAGCCUUGUUUAUCAAGAUUAUGAAAAUUAGUCCCCUUCUUGAAAAGACCCUGACUCUGUCCCCUUUCAGACCACCAGUGGUCAUGCAGUAAAUGCCUAGAAUGAACUAUGCUGAAAACAUGAUUAUACAUGAAAUGUGAUAUGUACUAUAGUUCCAGGUGUCAUGUACUGCAUGAUAAUUGUGCUUCUUUUUGAAAUGUUUAUGAAAUCACUGUACACUAUUUAUCCUUGCAUUUUCCUCAGAUUAUGAAAUGUGUUUUGUAUUGAGUGAUGUCUGUUUGUUUCUUAUAUGCUCUGGCUUCUAUUACCUAAUAGUGAAUAUAUGAUCUUUGGAAACUAAAUCCAGAGUUAAGACUAGCUUUUUGUUAUGAAGGGUUUUUAAUCAUGAGGGGAAUAUAUAAGUUGUCUUUAAUUGCAUAACUAGCAUAAUAUUCUAGAAAUAUGUCAUUAAGAAUUUGGCAAUUCUCUUUUCAAACAUUAACCUCACUCUGAAUGUGUGCAUUCUGAAUCAAGUCAUAAUUCAACUGUUACCUCUGACUUGGGCUCUGGUGUGUCUUAAGCUCAGUCCUCACCCACCAUCUGUGUGCUCUCUCACCCACCCUGUUGUUGGGCCGUUGUUAGGAAGCCUGCCUUAUGUUGUUUAUGUUGCAAAGAUAUAAGGCAAAUUUUUAAAAUUCAAGGAAAACUUAUAUAAACUGGCUAAAAUAUUGACUUGUAAGUCUCUUGCCAGGCAUAAUAUUUAUGUCUGGCAUGCUUUUGUUUUAUGUCAGAAAUGUUUUUAAAGACAAGUGGCAUAAUUAUUUCUAAGCCUUCCUGAUUGUAAGUUUCAGUAUUUUAAUUGACAUAUUAUUUAACUGACAUUGGAGUAAGAUAUAGUCUUCAUAAAAUUAUGGAUAACACUUAAAAGGAAAUUAUUAAGAGUGAAUAAUUAGGAAUACUUAUGAACUACAGCCAGUACUGGAAAAACUGGUACAUCAGGUUUGUGGAAAAGUGUGAGAUUAGGACAGAAUGCUCACCAAGCAAACAUCAGCAGUGUGCAGUUACACCAACAUACAUUAAUCGCUAAUACAGAUGUGUAUGGAUGAAAGUCUCCUGAUAUUAAGAAUUGUAGCCUUAUUGUGAGUGUGCCUGUUGCCUCAGGUGACCAUUGCAGACUCAUGGACUGGACAAGGUUAAAAUUGUCAGCAUAAUAUCAAAAUGCAUUCAAUGAAGAAAAUAUCUGACAAUUUAAACACCACUUACUCAAGAUUGGUGUCAUUAUCCUUAUGGACUGCAUUUUUGUAUUUUUACAAAAUGAAUUGCCAGUUUUAACCUGGCCUGUGUUUGUUGUUUGCCAGUCGCUGGUGUCCUAGAACUGUCUGCCUGACCCUGCCACACCAAGUACCCAAGUUUACAGUCGAUCAUUAGAAUACAUUUUAUACUGAUAACUUAAUUUGGGUAUGACUUCUCUGUUCUCAUGUCAUUACCAAAAGAAAAAAAAACUCAAUGCUUAAUAUGCCAUUAACUGAUCUAAAGACAUCAAAUAAUCCAGUAAACAUAUGCAACAUUCUGUGUAUGUACAAGCCUCUUUCAAUGCAAAAUUAGUUAUCAAGCCUAAAAUUUGACUAUUCAAAAACAUUUUAAUUCAAUAUGAUACUUAAUGAAUUAUGAUGAAAACCGUAGCAAUUUAGAAGCAUUCAAAUGAUAGGCAGUGGAUGGGACAUCAGAUAUAGGAAAUAUUGUGUUAAUGUUUGUUUAACAAUAAGGAUUACACUACUGGUUCAGAACUUUUAAUUUGGAUAAUUGAACAGCAAUAGAAUAAAUGCACCUCUGUU